AACUGGAGCGGCGUCAUGGCGGUGUCGCCGACUUCCCAUCCACGUACAAAGCGACGGAAGCCGCAGUUCCACUUCUCCGGUGUUGGAUGGCUUGCGCUUCUGAUAGCUGCAUCAGAGUGUCAAGCGCAGACCACUACAUCAAAUCAAGAUAACCUAUGCUACCUGACGCAUGGUGGGUCAUCCGAGACGUUCACGGUCAACGAAGCCUUUCCAGUUGAGAGCAUCGUGGGCCGACUCCAAGUGGUGGGCAACGCCAGCGAGCCCGGAGGUGACAUCGAGCUGCGCAUGGCCGACCCAGAGGGCUCGCCGCUGACCAUCUUGCCGGGAACCAAGAGCCUCGUCCUGCGGCGCAAGCUCGACAAAGAAGGCCGCGACGGACUUCGCUCCGUCACCACUGACGUCAUCUGCUCUCCGAGGCACACGCGCAACAACGACCACUUGAGCAUCACUGUGCCUGUUCGAAUAAUCGUGACGGAUGCCAACGACAACGCUCCAGAAUUCCAAGGCACCCCUUACUUCCUCAACAUCAGCGAGAGUACCGUGCCCGGUACGACGGUCAUGCAAGGCAUCCGAGCCGUGGACAAGGACCAACCUGGUCUCUUCAGCACUGUCGAGUACUUCGUCGAUGAGGGACCACACUCACACCUGUUGGCCUUCGAGAACAGGUGGGAAGGUUCACUGCUACUGAUGGACAAGCUAGACCAUGAGACCCUGCCAAAGUUCACCAUCACUCUAAGGGCGCAGGACCAAGGAAUCCCUCCACAGAGCUCGCACACCACCCUGGUGGUGGUGGUACACGACGCUGACGACCAGAACCCCAGGUUCAAGGCAGAGAGCUACUUUGUCCAGCUGCACAACAACACCCGAGUGGGCGCACCGCUGGACGUGAAGCCAAGCAAGAUAGAAGCGGAAGAUCCUGACGAAGAGAUAAAGGCCCCCAUCAAGUACACCUUUAAUUCAGACGGAAACGAGUACUCAUACUUCGACCUGCAUCCUCAGACGGGCCACGUGUCCUUGGUGCGGCCACUGCCCGAGGGAUUCGCUCUGCCAGUGACGCUGGUGGUGCGAGCCACGCAGCACGACAACCCGGAUCGGUUCGCGCUCACCACGCUCACGCUUACUGCCGACCGGUUCCCGCCCCACGAACUGCACUUCCUCCAGGACGAGUACGAGGCCCGCGUAAUGGAGAGCACCCCUCCUGGCCAGACGCUACUGACGGUGCAGACGACGCGCAGCGCUGCCGACAAGGCAGGCAUCCGCUUCGAAUUCAUUAAUGAAGGCAACGAAGACGCAGCAGCUUUCACCAUCCACGACUCAGGGGAACUGAUCCUGGCCCAGUCUCUGGACUACGAAACCAAGCAAUUUUAUACACUGAAGGUUCUCGCUACCGACGGCAAGCACAGCGACGUUGCGCACGUCAAUAUCAGCGUACUGAACGUCAACGACAACGACCCACAGUUCAGUCAGCCGCGCUACUCGUUCGCGCUCACCGAGCUGGACGCCGUGCGCCAAGGAGCGCUCGUGGGUCAAGUUGAAGCAUCGGACGCGGACGCCGGUGACUCAGUGCAGCUGGCCAUUGACGGGCCCUCAGCGCGCCUCUUCACCAUCAACAACCAGGGGGAGGUGCGUAUCCGGAACCUCGAGUACCUGAACUCCUCGCGGUCGCACCUGGUGGUGGUUGCAACCGACAGCGGCGUCCCUCCCCGCAAGUCCACGGCGCUGGUCGAGGUGCAGUUCCCCGAGGCCCUCGUGCUACGCAGCGGUGUCCUGGCACCGAGGCAGGAUGAGGGCAGCUUCGUGCUCAUGACCGUCUUCGGUGCUCUUCUGGGCUCUUUGCUGCUCAUCAUCAUCACACUUACUGUGUACAUACUCAAGAACAAGAAGUUCCGCAACAGAUUGCCGGUCUCCUUCACUGGCAAUGGCCACACAGCACUGAAUAAGGUGGCGACAAUAAAGGCGCCUCGCAGUGCCACCAGCAGGCUUAUCAACCCGCCAAGGCCACUUGCGGGUGUCGAAAAUCCCAUCUUCAACCUGUCGGAUGCCAAGUCGGACGACAUGACCGAGGACAUGAGUGAGCGAGAGACUCUACCGGACUGUCUGGACACCCCUGUCUCAAAUGGAAGCAUAAAAAACAAUAACGGACUGCAGCAAAAUGGUAGGGUGCUGCCCAACGGUAGAUUGGAGCCACUUCGGAACGGAAUGGUGGCACCUCUGGGCGGCCCUUCAUUGCGGUGCAAUGGCAAACUGCUCAGCGUCCAGUGGCCCAUUGGCUCCAUACCAAUGAAAGUCAAGGAACUCAACUGGGAGGAUGACCAGCCUAACAAGACGGCAUUGGAUCCGGACUUCAGUGUAACCCCACUGACAGCUGGCAACGAGUCUCCGAACCACAAUGAACUCACAGUGUACUUCUAGGUCAAUCGUCUUUUAAACACACCUGGUCUCAAGCCGCUCGGAUGCAAGCAAAGUCACCACAGGUUUAGGAAUUUGUGGAGCUGACGCACAAACUUGCGAUGCGCGCAAGUCAUUGUGAUAAGCCUGUGAAAUACCAAGCUACAAGUGCCUUCCACUUGAGAUGUGACGACAACUUAUGUCUUCCUUGCAAGCAACACCACACAGCCCAGCGGUGCCAUCGUGGUCUUCCUCAUACGCAAGAACCGUACAGCCAAGCGGUGUGUUGUGUAUCAACUUUCCCAGCGUGCCGGCGCACUGUGCGCUGUGAACUGUUCUGAGGUGAAGAAAGAGAAGGGACAUAAACUAUUUUUGACAGAGUGUUCCAUAAGUGUAGAUGUCAAAGACGUUUGUAAUGCAUGACCUAGACGAAGUUCCCAACCGCCAACGAAACUUUCAGCAAGUACACAAAAAAGCACGUGAAACACACUGGUGCGAGCAUCGCUUCCCUGCCUGGCCACGAAGAGUCGACAGCUGUGAUCGAGGUCCAGAUGUGUUUUCUGAAACUUGGCAUGAAAACUGAGUUUCCAAAAAAAGGGAACGUCCAUGUACUACGUGCAACACAGUAGAGUCGAAAGUUCCGAUGCAUUUCAGUGUUCUGCAACCAAAAGUCGUUCUUUUUUUCAUUAUGAUGCCUAUUAAGACAAUUUUAUUAGCAAGAACCUGCUACAAAUCGCUUGCUGUGAAUAACAGCAGCAUGGAUUUCUAUCCGUACAUGAGAGCGUUAACAAGUAUCUGUAUUAUAAAGCGAACAGCAGAAGCACUUCUGUGCCAGAUUGCUCUUAAGCAAGCCAUGACAUUUAGAAAGUAGCUCAGUCGUACGCUUUUAAGUGACGAAGACGUUGUGUGAUUCAAACACCUUUGCCAUCAUGAUCACAACUGAAUGUUAGAAUGCGCUUUUUUCUACUCAGAGUUGUUUAUGUGCCAACAUAGAAAAUUGUACACAAGCGUGCAUAAGUCCGCGCAUUUAUGUUCGUAAACGAAGCCAGUAUUAAGUGCAUUGCCGAAAUACCAUAUGCAUUGAGCCUUCCCAUGGGCAGUCGGGCAAAGCCACCAGAACUGUGUGGGAAGACUCCCUCUUGAUUCUGUAGCAUGUUCUAAACAAGAUUUCAGUUUCUUUUCUCCAAAGUAGUGAUUGCUUAAAUAGUGACACAAUGGUUUUGUAGAUAGGAAAUGAGAAAAAAGAAGCAAGAAGAUGAUUUUUGUACAUACUGUUAAUAAUAUUGAUGUGUUGUCGAUUCUGCUGUGAUUACUUCUCGCUAUCAUGCAAUGUAGCUAGGAAAUAUUGAAUUUUUUGUCUUACAAUCUCGGCAGAUGGAUGUGUACAUUUAUUAUUCCAGCAUUUAUGCAAAGCCAAUCUUCCUGUUACGCCAAUGUAAAGUUUUUACAGUGGGUGUUUCUGUGAAGAGCGCCACGAAUUUGUAACGACCACCUGGGGCAGAUGUACAAUUCUACUUCUUUAACUGGAUUACUCAAAGACGUGAACGAUAUUUUCACGAAAUUUGUAAAUGCAUAAUUCACUAAUUAUUAAAAUUUGUUAAUGACGUGUUUACCUAAUUACCUUAUCUCAUAUAAUGCAAAUUACAAAUUGUAGCCGGGAAGUUUCAAGGCGACACUUGGAACGAAUUCCCAGAAUGACACCAGUUUCGAAGUAUAAAUUCACAAACUGCAAAGAAAUACGCCUGCAUUGGCACUCCAGUCAUGUUUUUGCUUCAAUGCAUGAAACGGUGUUUCAUUAGAAGAUAAGUGGAAUGACAGUGCAUUUUUAUCGCAAGCUUGAUGACUGAUAUCUCGAAAAUACAGUCAUAUACAGAGUUCUUUCCAAGUAGAUAUGCCUUGCGGUCUCGCCGUCUACAAUUUGUAAUUUGCAAUACGUCCAAGUGGUUAGUUAAAAACGAUAAGUUAUGUUUAGUCAUUAGUCAACGGUGCAUUUCGAUUUCUCGCUCAAAUAAGGUCUGCAUGUUGGAGUGAUCCAUUCAAGCACUAUAUGUCGUGCUAUCUGCCACAUGGGAUUUUUAUAAAAAUGUGGAAGUCUACACAGAAACAUGCAUUACUGUUUUAUAUAAAAAAGCGUGCUUGUAAACGCGAUCAGCGACUGUAUAUGAUGAACGCUAGAAGAUAAACUGACGUUCCGGAAUUACGUAU